AUGUCAAGCCUCAUAAUAUUGGAGUCGGUGAGUUGACCAGGUUACUUCGUUUAUGAACUUUAUGAUUUAAUUUUAUUGACAUUCUUUAUCUCGUCCAUUUCGGUUUGCUAUAUCUUGUAUUUACCUCGUAAUUUACAACUCACGAACGCAGUUGAUGCUUUACGCUGUUAAAUUUCACACCCGCAUUUUGAUUACUAAAUUAUUUAAGGUGCUGCCAAACAUGAUGCCGGUAAAAUUUUUCGAGGGUUAAUCGAACUUUUUGCUGUAAGCUUCAACAUAAAUCGCCAGACCGUUGUUUGGUUGCAUGUUUAUUUAAGUGUCAUCUAGUAGAGAGGAAGUUAUCUCUAUGAUACUCCGCACAAUAAUUUCAAGCAGUAAAGUAAGAUAAUAUCCUAAUGAUAGAUCGAAUUUUUUUUUCCAUGGAGAUGGAAUAUAGAGUUAUCAGCAUCGAAUUUAAGUUGUUGAGAUUUUUGUUAUCAACUUAUCUUUUUUAGAUAUACUUCUGCACAUAAGUAUUGUUGUUUACUGACUUCGUCAUCGUUUGUGAAAGAAAUCGAGCAAAGCUGUAAACAAUAUGUUAUUCAAUAUAUUAUUCAAUAGUAUAAAGUUGAAUAGUUAUUCAAUAUCAAAUUAUAAACAGACUCCUGCUGGUGUCAAUGACCCUCUAGUGUAAUUUUUAUUGUCUUUCUUAUGUCUUCCUGAUACAAUAUAUGUUACUAUUUUCAUCAACUGAAGUACAGCAGAGGGAAAACUGAGAUUUCACUGAUAGGAUAACAGAUGAAAGAUGAAAAAGGGGUUCAGUAUUGGAAUAUUACAAGGUUAAAACUCUAAUUUAUAAUUAUGGCUGAGGUAUUGCCUGACACUUAAUGUAGUUCUUUGAAGGAAUUAGCUGGCCUGGUGAUCAGCUUGAAAGAUAAAUUAAAUGAGAAAAACACAGAUUCAAUGCUUCCUAAAUGUGUAUGUAUUAUACAUGUAGCCUUUGCCAAAACAUUUUUAUUUUAUUCCUAUGGUUUGAAAUAUUCAUCCAUUCAAUUUAAAGUCUACUUUUUAUUCCUCCUAAUAUGGGGAGCUGGUAGCUGGCCAAAAAUGCUAACAAUCAUGGCAUUUUUACAUGAAGCUACCUGCUUUUACCUAAAAAUGUUGAUGAAAAAUGGUGCAAGUUCUGAAACACUGUUGAAAUAAUGUGUACAGUUGUUUUUUCAAGUGCUAGUCAAAUUAAAUGCUAAGCUACCUGCUUUCACCUGAAUUUAUUAAAAAUGUUGAUGAAAAAUGGUGCAAGUUUUGAAACACUUUUGAACAAAUGUAUACAGUCGGUAUUUUCAGGUGUUAGUCAAAUUAAACACUAAACUAACGAGGUAUAGAUGAAUCAGUUCCACAUUCAGAAUUUGCUGGAAGGUUGGUGCAACCUUGCUGGAAUACCAGGGACAUAAUCCCUUUACAUCCUAACAUCAGUUUGUAUAUUCUCCAUACUGUUGUCUACACAUGUCAUAAGGUGCUGACAAGGAGAAUUUGUUCAACAAUCAAGACCCUCUUCUCGGUGAUCAUUCCUUUAUUCUUGUGACCUUCAUGUUUGAUUCAGGGGACAUUGUAAGAGGAAAAUGGAUGCUUAUUACUCUUACAAGUCAAAGGGUUAAGUGGAUGGUUCCUUGUAUUACAUGUAAUCUGAGAAAACAACAUGGUGUCCUCAAUAACUUGGCUUUGUAUUAUUUCUUAGAGAUUGUCUUUUCCUUUAAAACUUGUUUUGAGCCCUGCUAAUUGAUAUUUCAAAUUGAUUAUCCACAGAAGUAUUUAACACUUUUGAAAAACAGAACAAACUGUGGCUCUGAAAAUAUUGAUACCUUAUUCAUGAUCAUCAUCAUUUAUUUAUUAGCCAGUUAAAAAAUAAUAUUUAUACAGGUUUGACAGUAUGGUAGGGUGAGGAGACCUCCAAGGAACCAUCAGGCUUACAGGGGAGGCCACCUUGGUUGUCAAUAUGUUUGUAAUUAAGUUGUGGAUGUGGAUGUGCAGCUUGCCCAAUUCAGACUCAUUUUAUCAAAAAAUCGAUCAUCUUUUAAAAGUAAAAAAGUUAAUGACACCAGUGAUUGAUAUUGGGAGAGAGUUCCAGAUUUUAGGACCUUGGUAGAGUAUUGUAAAUUGUUUUAAGAUUAGUACAACAGUUGUGUGGUCAAUAGCAUUUGACUAUUGUUGCUAUUUCUGCAAGCUCUGUAUAAAUUUUUGCCUCCUUUUAUUACUCAGGAUGCAGGGGAACUGGGAGACAUUGAUGACAGACUCCAGAAAGAUGGCUACAGAACAAAUCUUCCAGUUGAGCACAAACUUCGCUAUUUUUGGAGACAGUUUCUUCGAUCUGAAACCAGUCUUAAAUCCUCUCUGGAGAGUGUUGAGCAGCUGCGUAAACAGCAUGGAGAAGAAAUGAUUGAGGUGGAGAACUAUGUUGCACACAUAAGACAACUGUCAGAUGAAAGAGAAGCAUUGACUCAAGAACUGGAGACUGAAAACGAGCAGCUUAAGGCAGAACUUGAGCAAAUGAAAGUUGAAAAAGAGGCAGGAGCUUAUGUCUCAGAGGAUAUAUGUGACUUGUUAACUGAGUCUGGCUUGACGCAAAUUGGAAGAGACACUAAUCCAGUUAAGGAACAGGUGAAUUACUUGAUAAAGGAAAGAGCUUCACUGUCAGAGAAAGUGAAAAGGCUUGAACUUGAUAAUGAAACACUCAAGAAUAAUUCAAACUCAGAGCAGUCAGAUAAGCGGCUAAUGAAAAUUAUGGAGGAAGAGAGGAAAGACAUGGAAGAGGAGAUGAAUAGAAUGCGUGAAAUGAUGAAGCAAGUGAAACAGGAAGAAAGGAAGAUUCAUGAACAAGAAGUAAAAAAAGUUACGGAUGAGAAUGAUAGCUUGAGAGCCCAGCUGGAUAAAGUUGAAAAACAGCAUAGUGAGGACUUGAAAGAACUAAUUAACAGACAUCAAGGUUUGUUCUUACAAAACACAAUAAUGUGUAGGGGCAAGUUCAUUUAUUAUUCACUACAACAGAAUUUUAUGUUCUUUUCUGUUUGUACUGAAAUUUCCCAAAUUGAGAUUGUUCCUUCUUCUCAUGUAACCAUGAUUAUAAAACUUUCUUAAAAUGUGAUUGAGUAUACCUUGUUUAGCCCUUGUUACAUGUAGGUGUGCAACCAGAAUUUUUUUUCACUUCCAUUUCUGAUGAAAAAAUGAAUAUUAUUUUAGUGGACCAGUACUGCUUGUAGAAAGAAGUUUUUAAAUAUUUUUUUUAUUAUCUGUUUACCGUUUUAUUAAUUCAAAACAAUAAUAUUUAUUUCGUGCUAAUGUAUUGUUCAAACUAUAUUUAGGAGAAAAAUUGAAAUUGCUGGAGGAAAGAGACCAAGAGAAAGAAAAAACUACUGCUCAUGUGGGCAAGACUGAUAGAGUAAUGGCAGAAGUUGAGGAGCUGAAAGGGAAAAUGAAAUCCAUUGAACUUGAGAAAACAUCUCUACAAGCCACAGUAAGAAAAAACCGAAAAAAAUUACUUUUAAUAGGCAGUUGCCUGAAUGAACUGUAAUACAUUGUGUCUUUUUGUGAAUUACCCUUUUAAAGUAACAAGUUUCUGAGAAAACCUUUAUUAUCCUUAGUACAAGCCACAAAUGUGAUGGCUCUUAAACAAAUACCUGAAACUCUUACAAACCACAAAUCAAAAUGUCAAGCAAAUGUCAUAUUUCUGAAAUUUUGGGAAUUUUCCUUCCAAGAAUGUUAAUAAUUUCCAGUGACUUUCCCCUUCUCUACUAAAUCACCAUCAUGGUCCAAAUUCACCUAUCUCUUUCCUUUGAUUAUUUGUCAAUAAAGUUGCAAAUCCUCAUAAAAAUCUUUCAAGAAGGAUCUGCUCUGUAGACAUUCUUUGACUCAGUUUAGCUGUAUCACACUGGGAUUUCUUUGCACAAAUGGAGCAAAUUUAAAGCAAACAAAUGCUAAUUUGGUUGUUUACUCCAUGAUAUGCUCAUGAAACAUUCCUAGUACCCUACCACAAUACUCAAACCUUGCAAGGGUUCACUUGUACUGAUUCCUACAAUACUGUUGAAAAGGAUGAAAUCAUGAUAGUUCAAUAUUUUAACCACAGAAAAAGUGAAUUGUUACCAACAGCUUGUACUUAAAAAAUUGUUUUAAUAUUCCUAUUGUUAGAACAUUAAUUUAUAUGAGAUAUGGUGUUAAUAUACAGCAUAAAUGUAAGAUUCUUUACAUUUUAUAAUAAAAGUGUAAAAUGAGAUCUUUCUAAUCCAACCAGACUGUGAAAGUUAUCUAGUAAGUAUAGGUGAUGUUGUGUUUGUGGUACAAUUUUGUGGUAACUCUGUCCUUUUAAUAUGGUAAGACCUGUUCUUAAGUUAGACUUCAAUGUUACAUGUACCUUUAUUUGAUACACAGGUACGGUCACUGGAAGAGGAAAUUGAUAAAGAAAAGGAAGAAAUUAGUGAGACAAAAGCAUCUCAAGAAGCUUCAAUCAAGAAACUCAAAACAGAACUAUCUGGCACUAAGCAAAAGCUCCAAGAGACAGAGGUUUGUCAGAUGUAACUUGGUGAUUUAAAUGAAUUUUAAUCAAUUACACCCUAUUCAAUUUCGGAUUGUUUAACACUAUUUUCAGUUGUUGGGGAACAAUGAAAAGUUAAGUUUAGUGUGUUUUGAAGUUUAAAGAAGAAUGGCAGGGAGAUUAUUGUCCAGAAAAAGUCUUACUCCCAAAGCAAACUUGUAUUUUCCCAUGGCAAGCCUUAAAUCAUUCAGGGCUCUCACAGUUUCUCAGGAGCUAGGGGCCAGGAAUUUCCUUUGGGAUUUCCCCCCUUCAAGGCAAAGAGGUUUGUCAGUGAAUUGACUCGUGGGGAACACUCCUUUUAAUAUGUAAGAAUCAAUGAAAAAUUUUAUAGUGUGCAUUAUGAAUUUUUAAAAUUCGGCACUUUUAAAUUGGUUAUUCAUUAAAAUGAAUAACCAUUUAAAAGUUAGUGUUCAAGAAAAUCUUGCUGUCAGAAUGAACAAUUAUAUUUACCCAAGCCUUCAAAUAAAUUUGAGAAAUUUAUACACAUAUAAAGUUCCAAAUAAUAUUACUGUUCACCAGUAGUAAAGUUGUUAAAAUAUUGAAGAAUAUGUGAAAAGAUAACAAUACUACUAAAACAGUUUCAAUUAUGGUGUUUCAAUUCUUUACUUAAUUGUAAAAUUCUUUUGAAGCCAUGAUUUUUGAUAUACUCUGAAUUCUUCUUAAUAACACUCCAGGUAAAACUCAAAACAAUUGAAGAGGAAAAGAGGACCAUUGAAACUCGGCUACAGGUGGCACAAAAAGACCUUACAACCAUCCGUGAUCGGGAAGCAAAACUCUCCAGUGAGAAGGUAGUGUAGGGAACUCUUCACUUCACCUGAUUACUGUGAGGCAAUUAAUCUUGCCACUUUUCAGCUGAAUUACAUGACAGUAUAUACGCAGUGCCAUGUGAAACUCAGUGGAUUAGUGGCUUACAUGUAAGACUCCUGAUCAAGAGGUUUUGUUGCAAGCUCUGGCUUGUGUAAUGUAUCAUUAUAUUUCUAGAACUUUUUGGUCGUUAUUAUUACUGGUUUAGUGAUGCUAUUAUCAACUGUGGGAAGUUGCACAAUUGAAAAAAAAAAUUACCUCCUUGGUAAAGUAGUUUUUGGGCUCCUAUCUGUAAAUUUUAAGUGGAUGAUUAGGUUAAUUUGAUGUGUAUUUCAUCUUUACUUCAGGACAAUGUUUUGACUGAAGCUAAAUCUUCAACUCAAAAGUAUGUUUUGAACUCUAAUUACCUAAUUCUGUUUAUCCUUAGAGGGUCAAUAUUAUUUUUCUUUGUCUUGCAGCUAUUUAACUUGAUAUAAAUCAUUGUUUUAUCCACAAAGGAAAAAAAGAGUAUUUUCUUGAUUGAAUGCUGGGAAGGUGAUAAAAAAAACUUGUCAACCUUAUAUGGAAAUUCCAAUGUGUUUCUAAUAAUUUAUGUGUAGGAUUCAUUGAAUUAUACUACUUUAUAACUUGGUUUCAACUUGCUCUGAUUUGAUUGAAAUACUAACUGUAAUGAAUACAAUUUGAUAUUUAUUUAGAACAGUCAGGGCCCUCUUAUUAAAGAUGAAAUUUUGAUUUUGGCUUAAUCUUACAAGUGCAUCAUUUACAGCAUACUGCUUUGCUCAUUUAGGCAACAAAUUAGAAUACAGCAACUUGGUGAUGAAAAUAGCAGUCUGAAAGAACGACUUCAGACAGCAGAUGAUACCAUUGAACGACAGAUGAAACAGAUUGAAAAUCUAACUUUACAGCUUGGAGAGGCAGAGAGGAAUCUUGCAGAGAAAGAAGAAGAUAUGGAGUCUUUAGACAAAUCAUCUAAAGAUGAGGUAAUAUAACUGUAUUAAAAGUGAAAGCCUUUUAUAGAUUGUUCCUAUUAGGGAACUGAAUUAUACAUUUUCAGUAAUGAUUGCAAUAAAGGGAAUCAUCUUUCAGAGCAACUCCAAAAGCUCUGCACUAGCUUACAGAGAAUUGUGUUAUUAUUUGUUUUUUGAUUCACUUUCAGAUCUUGAGAUUUUUAGAGGAUUUUCAUUUUUUUCCUGGAAGUAACCAAAAUUUCCAUCUUAUAAAUUAUUUGGAAUGUGCAAGUAAAGCUUUGUAUGUAUUACUGUGGGUUUUUCAACUUUGAGACUCCCCAGUCCCAUCUUUGAAUUAACUUAAUGUCCAUCUAUCUCCUUGAGGCUAAUUUGCUAAUGAAUGAAUGAUUAAACAGCUAACUGGUGGUGUCAGUAUUAAGCAUCAUAGUGCAGCUGGUAACAAUUUUCAGCCUCUUAGUAAUGACUGCAUAAAAUAAUGAUUGCAAGUGCAGCUGAACAUAUAGUUCUUUUAUUUGUACAAAUCCUUAACUGUGAUAUUUUAGAUUAAAUGUCUGAGAUUUAAAGUAAUGUACCUCUCUGAACUGUCAGUCUUUCAUGAUUUGCAAAACAAACCUAUUUGCCUCACAUUAACAAUGGAAGCAAGUAUUAAAGAUCUCCCUGUUGCUGAAUUAUUGAUUUGUUUAUUUCUAUUUUAAUGUAUUAGCUCAACACACUGAAGGCAAAACUAGCCAGAACCACAAGUGAAGCAACCACUUUGAAAGAGGAACUGUCUGAAACAAAGCAAAGACUUAACAAGGUCAGUAUAUGAAUCACAGUCAAGAAAUUUUGCUGUCAUAAAUAUGGUUACAGUCUUUACCAUGACAGUGGAAAUACAUAUAAUUAUUAUCAAGUAUUCUUAUGAGCUGCAGGCUACAUACAAAGUAUAUAAGAAAAAGAAACAUUAAAGGUGUAUCACAUAUCAAGCACAAUUAUGUAUUUAACCAGGCAAGAAAAGAAAAUUUUGAAAGGUAAAGGGUGUAAUUUUUAAGAAAAACACAUUUUUACUUGAUUGUGUGUGCAGUAUGGGAACACUUAUCUCUGACUCCUCACAGUGACCCAGUCAAUGUCUAUUUACUUUACAUGAUGCUCACUUGACAUUAGCAUUGCAUGCAUUUUACAAAAGUGUAUAUGUUGCAAUCUCUCUGGCCUAUACUGUACAGAAGUAAUUUUUAUCACAAUCUACCCUGCCAGUAUUUAAGUAUAAGAUGGUAUAUGUAAGGAAAAAAUUAUAUACCAGUAUUUAGAGUUUUUCAUUUUGUAAAAGUCAUACAAAAGACAUGAAGCAGAUAUGUUUUAACCAUUUUGCAAAUUAGAUCUUGUUACUACCAACAUAUUGGUUUAGAAAUAUUGACUUCAUUACCAAAUACAUUUAUCCUUGUUGUAGAAAGCCAAGUUCAUAACCAUGUAAUAUACAGUAUAUUUGCCUUCCAGCACUACCAAUUUGAAAGUGUGUAUGAAGAAAUUAGAAUACUGCAGAUAACCAGCUAAAAAUUAAUCUCUGAAAAUUAAACAUAUCACUGCUUUGGGGUAACAACAUUGGAGUCUGUGUAGUUUUGAAUAACAAUAACACUAUAACAUCAUUUUUCUCUGAUAUUUGUCCUGUGCAAGUCUUAAGCUAAUAUCAUUUCCUUUUGAGGAAGAAAUCAAUAAUAAGAUUUUGUAUUCCAGUUAUUUACAUUUUUGCAUUCCCUGACACAUGUGUUUUAUGGCUUGUAGAUUAUGUCUGACCACAAGACUAAUGAAAUCAGUUAUCAGGAAAAGCUAAUGGCAGAGUCUGGCCGCAGCAAGAGUGCUGAAGAAGAGAAGGAACUAUUGCGUGAACAGAUUGUUGACUUGAGAAAGGUUAAUGCAUAACAUAUCAACUUAACCUUUUGAAAUUUUGACUCAAUCUUGAACUAAACAAACCAAUGUUCCUGUAUGCAUUGUCUUACAUUUCAGUGUUAAGAUGGUUCGAUGAAAGGGGGAAAUUUGUUCAAAAUUUACUUCAUUUAGAGUAAUGACAGUUUCUCUGUAAACAGUGAUAAAAUACAUCUCAUUUUUAACCUCAAAUGAGGGAACAAUCAUGAAGUUCUAAUUACCAACUUAAAGCACUUAAUUUUUGCAUCAUAUAUGUACUCCAAAAUGCAUGAAACAAUCUAAAAUGACAUUUACAGCUUCGUGUUGAUGGGACUACAUUACAUAGUAGUUUUUUACUUUCUUAGCCAUAGCUGUGUGGGAUAUCACUUCUAACUUGUAAUAUGUUUUGUGUGAUUCUGUUUCUAAGGGGCUGUAACCAUUCCUCCUUUAACACACAUAAUCAGGGACUAAUUAAAAUUCUUCUGCCCAUUGAAGCACUUAUCAAACAGAUGCUUUUCAAAAUUCACCUUAAUAUUGGCUUUAGAGCUGUUCAAAGUUUUGUUAAAAAGUCCCAAUGAAUGGCUGGUGAUCCAAAUGACCUGUAAUCUCUGCUAUUUACUCUUUAAAUUGUAAUUGGAAUGAGUAACUUGCAAGUAGCUUGCCAAGUAUAAAGUAUAGUUUAAAACCAAUUUGUGUCAUAAGACAUUUGCUGGGAAAUUUGGUAAAAAGGCAUUACUUUUUGUUAAUACUCAAUCCCUUUGUAAAUUUUUAUGACAGGACUGUGCUUUAACAUAAAAGCUGAUCUCAAUUUUUGUUUAACUAAGCUUUGUUUAGUUUUCUUUUCUAAUGAAAAGUGGCUCACAAUGCAACAAUAGUUAACUGAAGUCAUUACUCUAUCAACAAAACAAUACAUACAAGAUCUUUCAACACUUCAUUAUGACUGAUCCCCCCUACUGAGCUAUUUGAGAGCAUUUAGAACUGAUUUGGACUUUUUUUGUGGCACAAUGUUGGGGGAAGAUGACUGUCUUGAAGAAAAACUUCCACCAGAUAUCAAGGUAUAAGGUUUUGUAAGAGCUUGGUGAAACAGGAAUGUAAAGGCACUAUCUAAUCAGAAAGUUGUAUGGUCUUGUUGGUACAUGCAAUUUUAGAAAUUUAAAAUUGUUACUGGUACUUCUAAAUGAAUUCUAGCUUUCUACUACGAUUUUUUGGUCAAAUUGGUUCCAUUGUACUUAUUGAAACCAGUUUUUUGAACAAGUAAAUUAUGUUCUGUUUCUUAAGGAGUCAAGAUUUUGUCCUUAAAAUGCCUUCAAAUCUUUCUUUGACCAAUACUGGUGAUGUAUGACCUUACAUAGUACACUGGCACCUUUAUGUUACAUUAUUUGGUAUAUGAAUUAUGCAAUGCAUUUUCAAUUGAUAAAACAACAGGAUCUUGAAGCAUCACUGGCAGCUAGUAUGAGCAGAGAGAAAGAAACCAUGGAACAGACUGCAGCUUUGGAAAAAGAGAAGGAAAAUCUAGCAAGAGAACUUGCAUCUUACAUUAAUAAGGAAAAGGACAAGGUACAUGAGUUGUAUAUCGUUAGAAUUUUAAGUUAUUUUUGGAAAGCAUCAGUGUUUAAUCCAUUUUAUUAGGGUUGUCAAAGGUGCCAGCUAUUUUGAAUGCUUGUGGCUUAAUCUUCAGCCUGGAAGCAUGACUUUGUGCCACCUACUAAGUAUUACCUUCCAGAAUCUUUUUUUGCAGCCCUGAUUCUGUGCAGUUUGUCUUAAGUACUAUUUAUAUAUUGUAUUUUUUCAUGUUUUUUGUUAAUAGUAAGUUUGCCCCUUCACUUUUCAGCAGUACAAUGAUUCAGUGAUUGGGAAAAUAGAGAUUCAGAAUUAUUCUUUGAUUAUUUGAUGGUCAAUUUUUGGUUAAACUGUAUUUAGCUUGUUGAAAGCAAGUUUCUUAUGGCAUUGUUUAAUGUGAGAGUAUAGUUUAAAGGUUAAGGGUGGCUUUGGUUCUGUCUGACCUUGAUUGUACUGUGUAAUGUCAGAACAGUAGGUUGGAAAUGCCAUGAGCAACAGAUGAAAGGUUUGAAAGUUACCUUAUAAGCCAACGGUGUCCUUACACAUGUCGUGAAUGUGAAAUAUAUGAUGUUUUGACCUGUGGAAUAGAUAACUUCAGUUGUGACAAGUAGUUUGUGACCCAUCUAAGCUACAUAGCCAUUUGUUGAGCCUGAGGCAUAUGUUACUGGGCCCUUUGUUUUCUGCAAAGGUUCUUGUAUUUAUAGAUCACUUUAAGUACACAAUUUAAUUUCAGAUCAUUACUGAUAGCUAGGAUGAAGAAAGACACGAUUAAAUUAACUGAUAUGUACAUACUGUUUCCUUGUUUCAGUCAAAGAAAACUGAUGAGCUAACUGUACAGUUACAAUCAAUGGAAAAUGAAAAGACUUCCCUUCACGCUGUUGUGUCCACACAAGAAAGACAGAUUAGUGAUCUCAAUAUUAAGGUACAGGACAUCUUUAGUUAGAUAGUGGUUGCCAUGAGUUAGAGUUAAAUUUAGGGAGAUGAGAGGAUAAUUGAUAUCGAUGGAGACCUAUUACGAAAUCCCUCAGGGUUUCAAGAGCAUGGCUCAAAAUACAUUUUGUAUGCCAUGCAUUCCUAGUAGCUUUGACCUAUGAAAGAAACUGGGAAAGGUUUAAGUUUGAGUUAUCAAGAGUUGAGAUCAAAUAUAAAGGAUAGCAAGGGGAAACAUUUCUUUGUUUCUUCGUUUCAAGCGUCUCGAAACUCGACACGAGCCACGAUCCUCGAUCCUCGAAGUUUUUGAGAAUCGAGGAUCGAAUUUCGAUGAUCUGUCAAUCUGUUGAGCGGUGCAGUACCUUUCACACAAGUGUCACCUGUGGUAUCGUGCUGACCAGAAAGAAUGGAAUGUUUGAGGGAUAAAAGCAAAGCUCUUUAUCACUAUGGGUGACUGUACUUUAGCUAGCAAAGCUUCAACUGGUCUCUAUGUCUAUCGAUCCUUGUAAUGUCAGUACCUUGUUUUGACUCGUCACUUUUGUACAACCAUGUCUAGGGUCAUCAAGGUAAAAUUUAAUGGUAGUAACUUGAAGAGCAGCGAAAAUUGCUUCCAGUCAACGCGAGGAUCAAGUUAUUGAUGUUCAAGUUGCCUGGGUUGAAGUUAGGGAAAUUGAUGUUGGUUUGAGUCAGUGGAGGGUCAAUGGUAGAGAGGUUUCAAAAUAGUGAUAACAACUGUAUGCGCUUUGUGUUCUUACUAGGUUUCAUAGUCCCUGUUACAGUCUGUGUUUCCUUUGGUUUUGGAUUCUAACAUCACUUUUGUAUUAAUUAAUGCACAAUAAACCGUUUAUACACAGCUGCAUAUCUGUUGGUCUUGUCUUUGCUUAUGUGGUACUGUGUUUUGAACUGUUUAUGGUACCAACAAAACUAAGUACAAAAUUUUUGUGCAAACAUGGGCGAAAAUUUCUUUGUAGUUAAAAUUGUUGGUAUAAAUGCGUUUUCAGUUGCAUUGACAUUGAGCUUUUUUCUUUCCUCCUCUUUUUUUUCAGCUGGAGAAAAUGGAUGAGAAGUGUGCUGAGUUUGAAGAGCAACUGCAAAAAGAACAGAACAGAACUUUAGGUAGGAUGCCACAUGCACUAGAUAUGGUGACAUUUUUUCACUAUGAUCUUGUUAUUCGAAGGGUGCAUAACACCUUCUAACGGAUAAGUCACAAUCCCAGGAAUGGUGUAGUUUUUUUGUGGACUCCUAUUCACUGGAUAUUUUUAUGUUGUUCACCCUUCAAACAAAUGCAGCCUGUCCCAGCUAGAUUAUUCAAAGGAUAGAUUGCAACCCAAUUGAAAACCUCUUUUAGUCUGUCUUUUUGUGCCAUAAAUAGUUAUUGGCUUACUGGAAAGUGUUAUUAGUUCAUUGAAGAUCUAGGCAAGUCUAACAAUGUCAGGUCAGCUGUAGACUACAAGCAGUCCCUCCUUUACGGCGAAGUGCCUCGCGCGAGGCAAAAAAAAUUAGAAACAAAAAAAAUUGAUGUUAGCACGCCACGCGAAACUUUGGGUUCAUGCACCUCACUCUCAGCGUUUCCGCGCGUGCGCUUACAUCAAAAUUGUUUUUCUUCUUUUUUACUCGCGCAACGGACUUCGCCGAAAAGGAGGUACUGCUCGUAGUCAAGUUCAGCUGAUCCACGCCCUCCUCCCCCUAGAUGUGCUUACUAGGGGACCGAGGUCCCCAAGUAAGUCAGUUGAAAAGAAAGCUAAUGACUCUCUUAAUUGUCUAUUGGAAAGGUCUUGUUCCUUUCAAAGCUGUUUCGAAAUCGUGGUGUCAACAUUUUCUUUUGUUUUAUGUUCAGAGUUAAGCACACGAUACGAAUUCACUCAAGAGAGCAACAGCUCUGCUAAACAAGAAGUAGAUCAGCUUAAAGAGGAAGUGAAAGUGAUGUCUGCACAGCUUCUUAGACAGCACAAUGCUUCCUUGGAUAGUCAAGUGCGUAGUAUUUACUUUAUCACAUAAUUUUUUUACAACUCGUGCUAAAAGUCUCUGAUGGAUUGCCUCUCGAAUGCGAGGCAGUCAUUCAACUUCAUACCAAGAUUUUACUUUUUCACUUCAUUUUAGUACUGUUAUCUAAGAUAAUAUUUAAAAAGUUAUGACGUUAAAACUGGCCGCAGCUGGAUAGAAAGAAACGAGAGAAUUAGUAGCAAUUCGACCCUAAAAGUUAGUUUCAUGAUGCGAGGUCGUCAACUGAUGGAAACAAUACGAUAGAGAAUCGGAUGUCAUGAACGGUUUUCAUUAUGUUAUGUUGGAUAAAACAACAAAUGUCUACAAGUUGAAGUAAAUUAUGUGGUUUUAAUUGUCCUUGUGAAUGUUCGUGUUUAUAGGCCAAGUAUGAGAGGCUAAUUGUGGACAUGCGCAAUGAGAUCGAGCGUGAACGAGAGAAAUCCUCCGCAGAGCGUCACUCCUUGGCGAGUCAGUUAGAGCAAGCAACCCGGGAAAGUAAAGAUUUAAGUGCACUUUUACGAGAAAGAGAUGAGGUAAUGCUCUUACUCUGAUUAGGAAAGGUUUCUUAACUUCUUUCUUUAACCCUUUUUCGAUCUCAGGAGUGACAAAGCCCUAUUCAUUUUAUUUUCCAAACUGAGACGAGGAACAACACAAGGGUAACUGACUCAGAACCUUGCAUUUAUUUUCUUGUAGGAGCUUAUUGCCCUUCGUGCAGAGCUCACCAACGCUAGUCACACUGGAACCAAGGCUUCUACAGCUCUGGAAUUUGAGAGCAAAAUGAGAGGAAGCCUGGAAAACAGGACAGCGCAACUAGAGAAUGAGCUCAGUAAGGCCUGGGAACAAAUUAAGGAAUUGUCUGAGAAGGGAUCCAUGUUGGAGACAACAAAGAGGCACCUAGAAAUUGAACUGGAUAAGGUAUUGCUUCUUUUGACCUGUUCACAACCAACUCACGUCGACACAUGAUGAGAGUCAACAGUCAGAUUUCCACUUCCUUUUGAGGAGAUGAAUUAACCCCUAAGAGUUUUUCAACAUCUUAUUUCUCCCUACGAUGUCACAGCUGAAUCAAAUAUUAAGGUCAUAAGAAUCAAGAAAAUGAUCACCAGGUUGAGAAGCUCUGGACUGUUAAGCACAUCCUCUUUGUCAGUACCAUAGGAAAUGUUUAGAGAACAGUAUGAACAAUAUACAUAAUGAUUUUAAUGUGUUUAAGGUUAAAGAAGAUAUCUGAAAACUAAUUGGGUGAAUAACUCUGCAGAAUGAAUAUAGUGAUGCAAAUCAAACUGCAGUUAGUAAACUUAGGUGCUGACUCUUCAGUUAAUUGUGGCGACAAAUGCCAGGAAUACAAUAAAUUUGUCACUAAAAGUAGCUGCUUAUAAAUAGCUGUUCUUCAUUUCGUCACCAACGUGGGACCCAGAAAAAUGUAUGUUCUCCACAAAUGUACUUUUAAAAACUUCAACGUGUCAUAUGCCGCAUUCACACCAAAGCUUAAACAUGUUUAAAAGUUGUUUUGUUAAACACAGUUUAAUUUUUUUUUUCUUUUUAGAAACUAUUUAACCGAAUAUUUUUGACUUGAAUGUAGCACAUUGUGUCGUUUAAUCCAAUGGAAAAUCAAGUUUUUCAGUGCUCUGUUUAUAAUUUUCAUUCAAUGAAAACCAGUUUAACAAAACAUGUUUUGCUGGUGUGAAUGGGGUAAUAAUCAUGGUAGUAAUUUAAGCUCAUCUUUUGUAGUGUCGUUUAUUCUUUUGGAAUCGAACCUUCGCUAUUUCCAACACUGAUAAAUUUAUUGAUCCUAAUACUUGUUUAUUUCCAACAGAAAAUGCAGCAGCUGCGUCAAACAGAAAGUACACUUCAUAGGAGACAAGCGGAACACACUGCAGUUCUGGUUGCUAAGGAUACUGCUCAACAACAAGCAGAGCAGGCUGAGACUAAGGUGGAAUGUCUUGCAUUUUUAUUCAGUCUCCUGUAGUUGUUUGUUUAUUUAGCUAUAUUUUCAAUUUCUUCUACUCUUUCAGUCUAUUCUUAUCUUUGCUAGUUCUGCUCAUUCAUUUCCUCCUUGACUUCCUUAAGCGAUUUGUAACAUCAUUAACCUUUUGACCCCUUAUAGUGACUAGCUUCUAAUUUCUCCCAACAGUAUCACCUCUGAAUCAAACAUUAAGGUCUUGAGAAUAAAGAAAUGAUCAUCAACUAAUGAAGCUCUUGAUUGCUGUACAAUUCUCCCUGUUGUCACCUUGAGAAAUUUAUAGAGAACAGUAUGGAGAAUAUGUACACUGAUGUUAGGGUGUAAAGUGUUAAAGGGAUACAGACUGGUUUUUGACAGCAGCACAUGAGUGUACGUAGUAGAUACGUGUACUUUAUUUUAUUUUUUACUUUUUGGUAUUAAGUUGGCAGUUUUAAGGCACGAGUUCGAGGGAAUCAGUGAAAAGUUGGAGCUCACACAAUCAGAACUGAGGCUUGCAAAUGAGCAACUGGCUGAAAUGAAGCUUACUUCUGAAGAAAAUAACACUCUAAGAGUUCAUCUGGAAGAGGAAGAAGUUAACAAGUGAGUAAUUGGCGUGAGAAUUACUCCCUAAUUCGAUGACAUGUUUAUAAGGAGUGUACAUUACAACUUUUGAGGUGACGCGAGAUAAUUCUUUGAACAAGUGUCUCCUUCAAAAACCAAACGAGCAACAAUUCUCUGAAAAAGUGUCGCCUUAAAAAACAAAGUGAGUGAUAUCUUCAAAUUAUGUUAUGGUUGUCGUUCACAAAAUUUGAAAAAUGCUCCGCACCCAUCAAAAGAGAACGAGCAUGAUUUUUUUGCGAGAUUAUUAGAUGUAGAUUAAAAAUUAGCCCUCUGACAUUUAUAAAUAUUAUUGUACUACGUGCUUGUAACGUCAUGGGCAGUCUUACGCCAUUUGGAACCCAGUUAUAUGCUUAAUACUAUUGCGAAAAUUUAAUCAGUGACACUUGUUAUUACGAAAUUAACUAAUGGAACGUGAUGAUUACAUUCUAUAAAUGCCCAUAAAUCGUCGAGUUCUGUUUAAAAUUGAUUUGUUAUAAAUUCUCUUUUAUUUGACAAAACCUGUCUUGUAAAAAAACCUUGAUUUUGUUCAAUGAAUUAAGUAAAAUAUUUAAAUGAAAACGAAAAAAGUUAAAAAGGUGAUACUGCAAACUAAAGUAACAAUACAUGUUGGCCUAGCAAAGAACACAAAAGUAAAACUAAAAACCCUGACACGUUAUAAACUUAUGCGCCACACUUUUGCAAUAAAAGAAUAACUAAAAUGUAAAAUUUAAGAUUAAACGCAUCACAAUGAUACACUCGUAUUAUGUAAUUCACCAGACUGUAACACAAUUAUUUUAAACUCCUUAAGUUAUCUGUAACGUAAAGAAAAAAAUAAUCGACUCUUCCGUGUAAAAAGAGUGUUAUAACUGUUAAACGUUGUCUUUAUGUUGCACUGAAAUCUGAACAUAACUGGUGUGAUGUUUUCCAACCUAUAUACCUAAACCUCGCCAGACUCGCUUGUGAUGUUAUAGAACUCGAGGAGAUGCUCAGGUAAAGAUAACAAUGUUAGUAUAUCGUUAUUACUAAUGUUAGCGAAUAAUGAUCUCAACCAAUUCUAUGUUUUAUAUUCUUUUUCUUCUCUUUAAUGACUAAAUGCCUCUAAUUGCUGAAAAUACUGGACUUAAAAAAUAACUCUAUUUGAAUUUAUCGUAAAAGCGAGGUUACAUUUAUAGCACAGAGAAAAGUAGAACAAGAUAACAGUUCUAUUCGUCAGCAUAAUGCCAAAUUUAGUGCGUUUAACCGUGCAAUUGGUUGAAAGGCCAAUACUGGAAAGAUUUAUUUUUGAGCUGACGUCGAUGUAAGAAAAAUACUCCUUUUAGUCCUGAGGUCAUCUGUAUAUGAAAUGUUAGUUUUUAGUUCUAUAGAACCCUUAAAACGUUCAAUGCAAGGAAAAGUGGGAUGAAGUCUGUAUCCUGUUAGAAAACAAGCUUGUCUUAUGUUGUCCGUUUGAAUUAAGUAGCUGUUAAAUUUUUCGUUCUGAUAGUCGCAUAGAACAUCAUCGGAUGUUCUAGGAAUUUUAAGGCUCAAUAAGGUUCAGCUGAAAAGGGGAUUGACCGGGCUAUUUUAUGUAUUGAUUGGGGCAAGGUGAUAUGGUUAUCUUAGAACCCUGUCUUGUGCAAGGAUUUGAGAUCCUCCCUUGUCUUUUUAGGGGAAUACAACAUCAAACUGUUCAAGAACUAGAAAAACAAGUCGAACUUCUUCGUGAUAGAGAUGCUCAGCUGCAAUACACAGUCAAAGAACAAGAGGCAAAGAUAGAGGCGUUGAAACAAAAAGUCAAGAAUACUGGAGAUAAGGUAGUUUAUCUCUCUGCUGCUCAUUUACUCUCGUGGUCAACGUGCAUAUUAUUCCAAUGCUUCGUUUUUCCACAGUUUCAAUCAUUCUCAGUGCCGAAACCUCUCAUUAAAUUCAUGCAAUGGGCUGUUUUUGUCAUGAUGCACAGGAAAUGACAACUAGGGGUCAGAUUUCUUUCGUCUCACGCAGUAUAUAUGACGCCUCACCAGUUACACUUAGCCUGCGUGCACAUCUAUAUAUUACCCCCGAGGAGGGAGUUUUUCAUCUGGUAGACCUUCAUUGUCCGUAAAAAUCAGUCAUAAAUUGCUUCUGGUCCUGUCAAGUUCAGCUGGUAGAAAAGACUGCGUUUUUUUUCGCUAUUCAGGGUUAAGCGCGAGUGGAACGCGAUGGACGAGUUAGUCACGCGAGUCACGCGUGAGAGAAAGAAUGACCAGCUGAAGAAGGCAAACUAAGAACAAACUAUGACUGUUCUGCGGGCUAGACUAUCCAAUAAUGUAAUAGAGAAACUAAAUGAAGCACAUCCAAACUUGUUUUGUCUUGAUUAUUUCUUGAUAGCAUAAGCAAAAGGAAGAUGAUGCAAAGUCUCUGACAGAAAGAGUGAACGAGUUCCAACAAGAAGUGGAGUACUUACAGGGAGAGUUGGUUAACGCUGCGGAAAGAAUUGAUCAACUACAGAGGAAAAACGACGAGAGAAAAACCAAGGCUCAUGCCACAAUCAGAUCACUUAAGUGAGUCUUAAAGUUUCUACGCGAUGUUUAGUUCAGUUAUCUCUUUCAUUCUGUCACAAUGGGCAAAAGCGUAGAAAGCAUUAUAUUCCUAACUUUAUUUGAUAAAUAUUCUAGCGCCUCUUUUGCAUUACUUCUGGUUGUAUUGAUGCCAUGCAACAAGUGGCGUUUUGAGGUCACUUGUAUACAGUGGAAGAAACCUGCUCAAUCUAUAAUCCGACAGUCACAUUUCAACAGUCAAACAUUACGAGCGAGGUAAUGUUUCUGAUUCUAACGGAGUAAAGUUCGUUUAUGACGGAGUUUACGGUGGAACAAAAUAAGCAUAAAUCUCGGUGCUUUUCGUUGGAAUAUCAGAAAACUAACACUAAAGUAAUGACGACGGUCAAUCAGAACAGAAUUAUUAUCUAAUGGGUCAGUAGGAAGCGACAGUAAAUGUAUGUCAGUUGCCUCGGCGUUUGGGAAAUUGAAGUCGCAGUUGGGUUUACUUUCCUAUAUAAUUAGUUGAGAGGGUGAGGCAAAUUUCUAGACCAAUCAUAAAGCGAAGUGGAAUGAAAUGAAAGCAUUCCCGGAUUAUUCUCAACAUUCAGUUGGAAAUUACUCCAAAGUAGAAUUUGCCUGAUUUCAGGGAUAGAUUUGCACGUGAAAAGAGAAACCUCGAAUCCACAGUGCUGUCCCUACAGAGCAGUUUGGAGCUGACUCAGGAGAGAAUGAACAAGGAGGAAGAACUUAAGGGCACAACACAGGCCGUUCAAAAGCAGCUCAUGGGAGAGAAACGAGAGCUACUUGCGAAGUGAGUCAAUCGCUCUGCGUUUAUCCUCAUCAAACAAGAGUAAACAAAGGCUGACGAUUCUCCGCUUUUCUAACAUCAGAUUAGAGCUAACGUGGAUGAGAUGAAAAGUGGAAAUCACAGAGGAGUCGGUCCAUAAUUGAUAUUAAUAGGGUAUCAUUUUACAGUAGCAGGAAUAUUGAUAAACCCAUAUUCCCAAUUCGAUAUCCUCAAACAAAUCUAAAUCAAACGCGACAUCUUUAAAAAUGUCAGCUGGCAGCGGGCGUGGAGCUGGAUCUGGGACUACUGAGAAACAAAUCAAUCUGUUUGUCAGAGCGGGACUGGAACCUGGAACCUCUGAAUUAAGAGUCCAAUCCACUCUCCAGUCUACCACACUGCCUCCCUUGUAACCGAACAGUGAAACCUAACGGACUUCUCAACUUUGACUCUUCUAUUCCCUCUGAAGUGAACAUGUAUUCGUGUCCUAAAGCCGAUCAUUCCGGUAGAGUAUUACCAGAGACACGAUAGUAAAGUCUAGGUUUUCGUUUUAUUCAAACAGAUUAACGGACAGCGAGGAGGUUAUCCGGGAACAUCUGAGAAGUUUACGCCAAAGGGAGGCUGCACUGAACGCGUUGGAAAAAGAGAAUUCUGAACUCCACGACAAAGUUAACUUGCUAGUGCAAGAAAAGAGUACCAUAUCAAGAGAACUUGAGAAAACCAAGGUUAGUCAAUCAGUCAAUGCGGCGCCGCCAGUUCAUUUGGUAUCAAAAUUUUGUGCGCAGGCUUAAAUUUAAAAAUUUAUUUCGUAACUAGUAGCAGCAUGUUAACAAGGCUGCGGGUCACGUCGCUGGUAACCUGUCUAAGCUAGUACUUUUGCUGAGGGGGUAAGUGUUCGUGACUGUUGUCAUAGCUCUCUCGUUUCCAUCGAAGGUGAAACUGGGCUAAAUUGACACGUUUUCAUUUCUUGUCAGUUGUUGUUCCGAAAGGUAUCUGUGGUAGUUCAUUUUAAUUCUGAAACUAGUUAUUUUUUUCCCUCUCAAUGGAAACAUUCUGAAUCAAUUCUAGGCUCUUCUAACAAGUUCAUAUACAAGCCCCAAAGCAUCAGGACCCAUUGACUCUCAAGCACUUCAGAGCGCUUUGGCGCGCCUGAAUCAGGUGGAUACACUGGAGAGGUCCUUUUCAUCGAGCUCUCCUGACUUGUACUCCCCUGAGCACAGGUCCCCAGAAAGAACCAUGGCAGGUAACGCACUGAAUGGUUCUUUCAACGGUUCAUAUCGGCCGGGACAGAUGAAUAGCACAGUACAAUAAUACAUUGGGUACCCUGUGCACACAUACUGUGGACGCUUCUGUGAACAAUCCUGCAUGCGUACGUCAAGAGCGGAGUUCCUUUAUAUUGUUGUAUUUGUUUUAUUUUGUGAAAACAACAGUCCUUAGAUGGAAAGAGAUCAUCAACUGAUACUGGCGAAAAAGGAGCGAAAAUAUAACCGCUACCCAAAUAGGAAGCUAUCCCUAUUUGGUUUCCUCAUUUUUGGAGUGCUACUGUUACAGUUUACACCAUCUGUUGAUAAGGAGAUUGUUGAAAUGACCGGAGAGUGAUCUCAAGCCUAUUACUUGCACCUAGAAAUUGAGAGCGAUUAUUUAUGAACCAUUCAGUCUUGUCUCUUGAUAUAUCCUGCAACCACCCAACUGACUGAGAUAAGGAUGAACAGGAAAAAGGAUCGCUGACUAGUUCUUUUUUUUGUUUGACAAAGGGUUCGCUUAACUUAUUGCAUUUUCUUAGUUUUAAAAUUACAUUCGGUGCGAAAGCUGUCCGAGAACCACACAAACUGUGAACUAAUUGUUAAAUGUGGACGAAAGUAGAAAUUUGUAGUCACAAAAGAAAGAGUAUUGAAACUCCUGAACAAUUUUACGAGAACCCCCUUUUUUAAGUUGGUUAUUUUUUACUUCACUGAACAUUGAAAACCAUAAUUGUGAAUAUUUAAGUCUGGAAUCGUAAUUUAUAGAAAUAAAACCACAGCUUCUUUGAUAGUCACUGAAGAAUUCGCAAUACUUUUUUACGCAGUUUUGAAAACAUUUUUAAUGAUACUUAGACCUAGAGAUCGUCUAAACUUGUGUCGGUCUCUUGGAGUGAAUUACGAAGUUAACUAAUGUGUUCGCGAGGAUUAAUAUAUUUCUUGUAUAGAAUUGUUAAUUUAUUAUCAUGGCCGCUAUCGACAGUAUCUUCAAAUGUUAUUGUAUAGUAAUAUUACUUUUAUACAUUUAUGACUGUAUUUUUAAAUUAUUGAACAAGUUAUUGCUGUAAGUAUUUUGUAUAACAGAUUUACAUAGAAAAAAAAACCGACGUAAUGCUGGUCUUUGGUAAUCUCGCCAAAUAAAACAAUUUUUCAUUUUUUAGUGGCAUACGACAAGAUCGAAAACUCUGCGCUAUUUUAGGACUUUGAAGAAAGUUGUUCGAACAACAGGUAAAAACUGCUCUGAACGUAGCUUGCAAGAGCCUCCAUAAACACUACAGCAUGAGCAACCAGGCGUGCAAGAUUCUUGCUGGCUAGCGAAGCGGGAGCUGAAUGUGAAGGGUUUAUGCGGAGUCGACUCGAAACGCGUAGGCUUCGCCACCAGUGUCUCAGCGCCAAUGAGAGGCUGCUUGCAGGCUACUUUGAGCGCUAAGAGGUGGUUUCAUGGGUGGAUGAUCAUCAUCCUGAGAAUUUUAUAGUAACAGACAACAUUGAUGCUUAUGCUUCAUCAAAUCAUAUAAAUGCUUGGCAUGUCUUGGCCCUUCUCUAUAAG